UCAUUCUAAGUUCAUUGAGCUGUUUUUGUCUUCUUAAAACUCCUUGGAUUUGUCAACAAAGUCUAUGAUUGGUCUUUUAAGAUCUGUGUCCUGGGGUGAUUCUUAUUUGAGAAAAAUUCUAAAUGACUGGUAGAUUUUGGAGGGGACAAACUGUUUUGUCUUUUCAUAUCUUGCUCUUCCAACAAUUCCUGUGCAUGUGGACUUCAUUGUUAUUGGUUUUAUGUUUGUUAUAGAUACAGCAGUCUGAGAUGCACACAGGAUGUGUGUUCUGUCCCAGGCCUGGAAGUUAGAAGGCUGUGGGAAGGGCUGGAGGACUGCCUGUGGCACUGGCCUUCAUCUGAGGACUGAGGUAAACACAAGACGUGAAGAGUAGGAAAAGGGACCAGUGCUUGCCAAAGGGGCCUGAGAGGGAGGCCAGGUUACCACCGUGUGGACAGCCCUGCACUGGUUUCCAAAGAUGCUCUUGAAGUAGUCCUCAUUAACACAGCUUGCCUUCACCUGCCAAAGCUCUACAUCAUGGGCUGCAUGAAGUCAAAGGAAACGUUCCCAUUUCCUACCACAUUAGACAUUGACAAGCUACACGAGAGUGAAGAGGCCUUUAUGCCAGGUGAUACCUGUCAAUAUAGGACGCCUUCUACAGAUGAACAACAGCAGUCCAGGGCGUGAAGAAACCCCCCCCAGGCCGGUGCCGUGAUCGGUUCCGUGAUCCUUGAAUUUGCAGACCGUCUGGCCAAUGAAAUUGUGGAGGAUGCCUUACAGCAGUGGGCAUGUGAAAACAUCCAAUACUACAACAUCCCAUACAUUGAGAGUGAGAGCUCUGACAUCACCAUUGAUUGAUGAUACUUGACUGUGCUCUGGAUGUAGUCGGUGCUAGUUAAAUACAUAUGUUUUCAAACUCCAA